AUGCAGACCAACACGAAGAUGAUCUCCUUGGUUGCCACUCUUCUUUGCAUCCCCAGCGCGAUGGCCUCCUUGCCAAUCAUCCCUGCGCUCGUUGCAGCCGCCGUUGUGGGCGGAGGUGCUUCAUCUGGUAUGACUGCCGGAGUCGUCUCUGGAGUCGUUUCCGGCGCAGUCGGCGUAGGCAUCGGCUGUGCUACAAAGUCGGGCUGCAAGCGCCAAGAGGAUUCUAUUCACUAUGCGCGACACAUGGCGCAUGAGGUCGCCGCAGAAGUUGCGGCGGGGAUGGAGAAGCGACAAGAUGGCCCUGGCGCAGCUCCUGUUGGCGUCCCUCAGCACAACUGGGACGACUGCUACAACGAGGCUCUUGGUUCUCACAUCAAAAUCACCGGUCCCAUUGGCGACAAUCACAUCCGAGCUGAAGGAGUGCCGCCCACUUGCAUGACCCUCGCCACGGUCAUUGGGGGCACUGCUGGUCAGGCCAUCCCUAUUCCCUGCGGCUCGAACUGCAUGGAAUGGACGAACAUGACGCCCGAGUUCUACGAGAACGUACGUGGUAUGCUCAAUUCCCAGGUUCUCAACGCCUGA